CUCACAGAACCUCGCCACGGCCCACAGCCUACACAAGUCACAUCUGCUAUUGCGGUUUCUCAUGAUGAAGUUACAGGUCACAGCCUUGCAAAGCUAUAAAAGGUCUUUGUACAGAUGUUUCGUGGAUCAAUAUGCUUUCAACAGCUACCGCAUGGUUUCAACCAUGCCAGCAAAGCCAAUUCAGUUGCAGCUCACUGAUGCGAGCAAGAUAGAAGAAGCUCUCGAAGUAGAUCGCCUUAAUGCACCCUCUACCUUUCCUCCGCCCUUGACUUUGCCGGAGAAGUCAGAGAGUGCCAAUCAGCUCAAAUACCUGCUCAAGCUUGGUAAGGCUUACUUGCAAUUCUACAAGUCUGGCACCAAACAGAUUCUCGCGAACCGGAAGGUGUCCAAGUCUAUUAAGCAACGUUUUGCUGGUGACGCUUUGCUCAAUCCUGUGGCAGGGCCAUCAACGCAACACCUUGGAGAGGCUUCCCCAGCAACCUUACAUGGAGAACAGCUUUCCCGGGCACAAUAUCAACUGGUGCUCAGAUCAGCCAUCGACUCCAAGAAGCUCCCGGUCUUUGGGCUCUUAUUCCUUGUAUUUGGAGAGUGGUUGCCCCUUUUGGUCUUCUUUCUGAGUCCGCUGCUACCGGGAACCGUCUUGCUGCCAAAACAAAUAUUAAGCAGACGGCAAAAAAGAGCGCGAAUCGCCAGGAAGGUGGCAUUGCCAACUGGCGGUAUGCCCGAAAGGCAAUUCCUGCUACAAAGCUGCAGACAGUAUGGCCUGGUCGGGCCUUUUGCUAGCAUCACGCCUACCAGUAUCCUGAAUGGUCGCUACGUCCGUCAUCAAAUGUAUCUUGCUCAAGACUCGAAACUCUUGGCAAAACAGGCGCAGCCCGUCAAACUGCUUGAUGAUCUAGAACUCGACCAAGCGCUGGAGGAGCGCGGCUUAUGGCAUCCUGAGCAAACACGGCAUCACAAAGAAACUUCAUUGCAAAAGUGGCUUCAGGCUCAAACACGUCACUAGUUUCAUCCUUGAUAUAUGCUUCGAUGAGCUGCAUUUUGUUCAUUAUGUUGCAAGCUCUAUCAUUGUUGUUGUCUAGCGCGUGGGCGUUCUCCAGAGAGCAGUUUACGGUCAAUGGUACGGCCAUUCCUGAUGUUGAUUUUGACGUUGGCCCUUCCUUUGCUGGUCUAUUGCCGGUCUCUCAGAUCUCUGGCGAAUCGCGACAACUCUUCUUCUGGUACUUUCCCAGCAAAGAGAAUCACGCAUUGACCAUCUUUCUCAAUGGUGGUCCAGGCUGCAGCUCCCUCGAAGGCGUGUUGCAGGAGAAUGGACCCAUUAUGUAUCGGAAGGGUAUGCUCAAACCAGAGAGAAACCCUAACUCCUGGACGCAAUACACAUCGAUGCUGUACAUCGAGCAGCCCGUUGGCACUGGGUAUGUCAUGAAGCGAGAGUCAUUUCGGCUAACUCUAGGUUCUCUCAAGGGG